AUGGCCAACAUCGUCACGAAGAAGAUGUCCUAUGUUCGCCUAGGCAAGUCCGGUCUGAAGGUGUCGAAGAUCAUUCUGGGCUGCAUGUCUUAUGGUUCGGCCGACUGGAUGUCAUGGGUCCUCCCCGAAUCGGAGGCCAUUCAGCACAUCAAACUUGCCUACGACGCCGGCAUCAACGCCUUCGACACCGCGAACGUCUACUCGAAUGGCGAGUCCGAGAUCAUCCUCGGCAAGGCCAUCAAGGAGCUCAAGCUGCCGCGGGAUGAGAUUGUGGUGAUGACGAAGGUGUUCGCCCCCGUGGCCCGCACCCCGGGCGAGCGCACGUUCAUGCUCUCUACUGCGGAGACCGACAAGCAGGGUUAUGUCAACCAGCAUGGAUUGUCGCGCAAGCACAUCUUUGACUCCGUCAAACAUUCGCUCAAGCGCCUACAGCUUGAAUACAUCGACCUCCUUCAAUGUCAUCGCUUCGACCCCGACACCCCAAUCGAAGAAACGAUGCAGGCGCUGCACGACGUUGUCAAAGCUGGCUACGUUCGCUACAUCGGCAUGUCUUCGUGCUGGGCAUGGCAGUUCCACGUCAUGCAGAACUACGCAAUCAGCCACAACCUCACGCCCUUCAUCUCGAUGCAGAAUCACCACUCGCUCAUUUACCGUGAGGAGGAGCGCGAGAUGUUCCCCACUCUGAAGCAUUUCGGGGUCGGCAUCAUUCCGUGGAGCCCGCUCGCCCGGGGGAUCGUAGCGCGUCCGCUCGGCGAGCAGACGAAACGAAACUCUGCGGACACGAGCGCUAGCAGGUACCUCGGUGGAUCAACUGAAGUCGUCGUCGCUCGUGUCGAAGAGAUUUCAAAGAAGCGCGAGAUCAGCAUGGCGCAGGUCGCGGCCGCGUGGUCCAUGCAACAGGAGGGCGUAACUGCGCCGAUCUUUGGCACCACGAGCGUCCAGAACCUCGAGGAGCUCAUUGCGGCCGUCGAUAUCAAACUGACGGAAGACGAGAUCAAAUACCUCGAGGAGCCGUAUACUCCGAGGGCCAUCAUUGGCCAUGCCUAAGUCCAUGCCCUAGUGGCGACGGUGUUAUGGAUAUAGAGCGCUUGAUUAGUACAUGAAGAGGAUGGGAUCGUGGUGAAUCUGCGAUGCACGUCUCCAGGACGCUCCUCUGGUAUGGUAUCGCAGUUCAGGUCAAGGCGACGAGAUCACCCUGACUUGACGACUCAAAACAAGAAAGAUCGCGAUAGUUAUUGUGUAUGUAUGGCUUUUUAUAUCGUGUAUCAAGUACAAUACGUUAUGGC